CCGAGGGGCCGGUGCGGAGCGGCGCAGGAGCUGCCCCCGCUGUGCCCCGCCGCCGCCAUGCUGAUCAAGGAGUACCACAUCCUGCUGCCCAUGAGCCUGGAGGAGUACCAGGUGGCCCAGCUGUACAUGAUCCAGAAGAAGAGCCGGGAGGAGUCGAGUGGCGAGGGCAGUGGUGUGGAGAUCCUGGCCAACCGACCCUACAGCGAUGGCCCUGGGGGCAGCGGCCAGUACACCCACAAGAUCUACCACGUUGGCUCCCACAUCCCCAGCUGGUUCCGGGCGCUGCUCCCCAAGGCUGCGCUCCAGGUGGAGGAGGAGUCCUGGAAUGCUUAUCCCUACACACGCACCAGGUACACAUGUCCCUUCGUGGAGAAGUUUUCCAUUGAGAUCGAGACUUACUACCGCCCGGAUGCAGGGCAGCAGACCAACAUCUUCAACCUGAGCGCGGCGGAGAAGAGGCAGAGGAUUUUGGACACCAUUGACAUUGUGCGUGAUCCCAUCUCCCCCGGGGAAUACAAGCCCGAGGAGGAUCCCAAACUCUACCACUCAUCCAAGACGGGCCGGGGGCCGCUGGGGGAUGACUGGCUGGAGGCAGCAGCAGCCAGCGGGCCCCUCAUGUGCGCCUACAAGCUCUGCAAGGUGGAGUUCCGAUACUGGGGGAUGCAGUCCAAGAUCGAGCAGUUCAUCCAUGACGUGGGUCUGAGGAAGGUGAUGCUACGCGCCCACCGCCAAGCCUGGUGCUGGCAGGAUGAGUGGACGGACCUGACGAUGGAGGACAUCCGGCAGCUGGAGGAGGAGACGGCGCGAAUGCUGGCACAGAAGAUGGCCAAGUGUGGCGAGGGCGAGGAGCCACCCCUGGCUGGGGCCAGCCCUGAGGGGCAGCCGGAGCCAGAUGGUCCUGGCGGUCAGGAGGAGGCUGAGCUGCAGGCAGGGACCGAUACCCCCUCGGAUGAUGCAUUUGCCAAGCAAUGGUCCACUUCUUCCCGGUCUUCCUACUCUUCCCAGCAUGGAGGGGGCGUGUCUCCUCAGAGCCUGUCGGAGUGGCGGAUGCAGAACAUUGCCCGGGACUCAGAGAACAGCUCCGAAGAGGAAUUUUUCGAUGCCCACGAGGAUCUGUCUGACAGCGAUGAAGUCUUCGCCAAGGAGAUGACCAAGUGGAGCUCCAAUGACUUCUUGGACACGCUUGAGCGGCCAGUUGAGCUGGAUGAGGCACUGGGUGAGCUCUGGAGGUGCUCUGGCCCCAAAUCCUGGGGUGGAAGUCCUGGGAGGGGCCUGAUUCCCACCUGGGGAACCCAGCUGCCUCACCAGGGCUGUGUGCUCGCAGGGGACGGAGCCAGUGUCACCAAGGGGGAUGGUGAAGGAUUGGGAACAUCCAGCUUCCCUGAGGGCGGCACAGCAGAGAGCACGGAGCAGAUGUGUCGGAUCCACGCGCUCUUCCUCAUCCUCCACAGUGGGAACAUCCUGGAUCAGGGAGCGGGCGAGCCGGGCUCCAAGCAGGCGGAUGUGCAGACGCUGGCGGCCACCUUUGAUGCUGUCACCCGCGUCCACUUUCCCGAGGCACUGGGACAUGUGGCCCUGCGCCUGGUGCCCUGCCCGCCCAUCUGUGCUGCAGCCUACGCCCUUGUCUCCAAGCUCAGCCCUUACAGCCAUGACAGGGACAGCCUGUCCAGCAGCCAGGACCACAUCCCACUGGCAGCGCUCCCACUGCUGGCCACCUCCUCAGGCACCUAUCAGCAGGCCGUGGGCACCGUCAUCAUCCGUGCCAACCAGGCCUACUCAGCCUUCCUGCACUCCGGAGAGGGGACUGGCUUCUGUGGCCAGGUGGUGCUGCUGGGGGACUGUGUGGGCGGCAUCCUGGGAUUUGAUGCCCUGUGCCAGAGCCGGGCGGGCUCAGGGGGCAGCCGGAGCAGCAGCCGCCGUGGCAGUCUGAGCACAGAGCCCAUCUCCCCAGAACAGUGCGGCGGCCUGGACCCGCUGGCUGAUGGAACAGAGGGAGCGCCAGUAUUGGGCCAGGCCAGCCCUGAGCCCCCAGGGACACAGGGGGACAGCCAGCAGCACAGCUCCACGAGCAGCCUGCAGGCCAGCGAGGCCCCGCUGGAGGCCGAGGCAGUCCGGAGCAGUGCCAUGGCACUGGAUGGGGCAGAGGGUGCCAGCACCCGCCUCGAAUUUAAGGUGUCCGGCUUCUUCCUCUUCGGUUCCCCACUGGGGCUGGUGCUCGCGCUGCGCAAGACCGUCAUGCCUGCUCUGGAUGUGGCCCAGCUGCGUCCUGCCUGUGAGCAGAUCUACAACCUCUUCCACGCCGCCGAUCCCUGUGCCUCCCGCCUGGAGCCCCUCCUGGCCAAGGCCUUCCAUGCUGUGCCCCCGCUCAGCGUGCCCCGAUACCAGAAGUACCCCCUGGGUGAUGGCACCUCGUCCCUGUUGGCGGAGGCCCUGCAGACACACUCUGCCCUAUUCCUGCCCAAAGUGGAUGUGGCUGCUCCCCCUACCCCCACUGGCAGCUUUGGGGGCUUCUGGAAGGGCAAUGAGCCGGCAGAGCCCCCCACUCCUGCCAGCACCAGCGAGGUUGUCAAGAUCCUGGAGCGCUGGUGGGGCCCGAAACGCAUUGACUACUCUCUGUACUGCCCCGACGCCCUGACUGCCUUCCCCACCAUCACCCUGCCCCACCUCUUCCACGCCAGCUACUGGGAAUCCUCCGACGUGGUGGCCUUCAUCCUGCGCCAGGUGAUGGAGAAAGAGGGGCCACAGCCUGCGGAGAGCGAGGAGAGCUCCAUCUACAGCCCCGCCAUCCCGCGGGAGAAGUGGCAGCGCAAGCGCACCCAAGUGAAGAUCCGGAACGUGACGGCCAACCACCGUGCCUGCGAUGUCAUCGUGUGUGAGGGCAAAGCGCAGGUCCUCAGCGGGCGCUUCAUGUACGGACCCCUGGAUGUGGUGACACUGACUGGGGAGAAGGUGGACAUCUACAUCAUGACACAGCCACUGUCAGGGAAGUGGCUGUACUAUGGCACCGAGGUGACGAGUGGCAGCGGGCGCGUGACCUUCACCAUCCCUCCAGACAAGGCUCUGGCCAUCGGGAUCUACCCUGUGCGCAUGGUGGUCAGAGGGGACCACAGCUACGCCGAGGCGUACCUGACCGUGGUGGCCCGUGGCACCGAGUCCGUCGUGUUCAGCAUCGACGGCUCCUUCACUGCCAGCGUCUCCAUCAUGGGCAGUGACCCCAAAGUGCGGGCGGGGGCUGUGGAUGUUGUAAGGCACUGGCAGGACUCGGGGUACAUGAUCAUCUACGUGACGGGGCGCCCCGACAUGCAGAAGCACCGUGUGGUGGCCUGGCUCUCCCAGCACAACUUCCCCCACGGCGCCGUCUCCUUCUGCGACGGGCUCACCCACGACCCCCUGCGCCAGAAAGCUGCCUUCCUGCAGAGCCUGCGCACCGAGGCAGAGAUCUCCAUAGUUGCUGGCUACGGCUCCACCAAGGAUGUCUCGGUCUACAGCUCACUGGGACUCGCGCCAGCACACAUCUACAUUGUGGGACGGGCCGUCAAGAAGUUCCACAACCAGUGCCAGUUCCUCUCUGAGGGUUAUGUUGCCCACCUGGCCCAGUUGGAAGCCGCAGCCCUGGCUCACUCCCCCAAGGGCCCCCCACGACCUGUGCUGGGCAAAGGCACCUAUGGCUGCCCGGCGCCUGUCGACUUCCUGCGGAAGCAGAGCCAGCUCCUGCGCUCCCGGGGCUCCAGCCAGGCAGAGCGGGAUGGGGGGCCCCCCUCGGCACCCCCUGGCUUUUCCCGGACCAAGCCACGCAGCAUCAGCCUCAAGCUGGAGGGUGAGGAGUGAGGGUGGCAUGGCCAUGUCCCCCUUCUGCCACAUCCCUGAUUUCCCAGCAAGGAGCACCUGGGGACAGAGCUAGUGCUGGGCCAUGAGGCCAUUGCAAGGAGAUGAGGGUGCUGGGUCCCCUGAGACCAGGGGGUGCUGGGAGAAGGCUCAGAGCCCCCAGAGGACCAGAGUGAUACCCUCCGGGCAGAACCACCCUGGGUCCUCCCUGCUGCCCCCAGCCCCAUCCCCUCUGGUCCUUUGGGGCCGUUGGGCAGUGCCCAGUGGGGUCUGCACCCCAGGGUCAUUAUCCCUGUGCAGAACUGGGGGCUGUGGCUGUACCCCAGAGUGAGUGGCACCUCCCCACCUAUUUAUUUCCAUCCGGUGUCAUGGCGCAGGGCUGGGUUGGGGUUCCAGAGUGGUUCCUCUGUUCCCUUUUGUUUUGGUGUUGAAUAAAGAGAUGUUAUGACAAGGA